UCUUAGGUGCGUACAAACAGGGGUGCAGCGGGAUUGGUUCCGCCUCUGGGCUUGUCCGGGCUCCCCACCUACCAGCGCAGGAUGCGGAUCCCUUCCUCCCGGGGCGGGGGCCUCCUAGGUGCCAACUCCUUUCCACGUGAAGGGAGACCCUGCUGAAGACACACGUAGGCUCUGGAACUAGCGACGUAGUACCAUGGCUGGCAGCCCUAAUGAAGAUACGGAAGGAAGCAGAAUCAAAUAUGUAAAAGGAGACCUUUUUGCAUGCCCCAAAACAGACUCUCUAGCCCACUGCAUCAGUGAGGAUUGCCGAAUGGGUGCUGGGAUAGCAGUCCUUUUCAAGAAGAAGUUUGGAGGGGUGCAAGAGCUGAUAAGUCAACAAAAGAAAUCUGGAGAAGUGGCUGUUCUGAAGAGAGAUGGGCGGUAUAUAUAUUACUUGAUUACAAAGAAAAGGGCUUCACAUAAACCAACAUAUGAAAACUUACAGAAGAGUUUGGAGGCUAUGAAAUCACAUUGUCUAGAAGCCGGAGUCACCAGCCUCUCCAUGCCAAGGAUUGGCUGUGGCCUUGAUCGUCUGCAGUGGGAGAAUGUAUCCUCAAUGAUCGAGGAGGUAUUUGAGGGGACAGACAUCAAAAUUACUGUGUACACACUCUGA